AUGUCCCAAUUAUCGAUUAGAACUACAUCCUAUCAUUUGCCAAAUCUAAAUGAUGAUGAGCAAUCAUUUAAAUUACAAUUAUUUUCAAGUGCAGAACAAUUCUGGGAUUACACCUCUUCCUAUCUGAUGGAAUUUCCAGCAGAGAAUAAUCUCGUGUUGGGAAUUAUAAAAUCUUGCAUUGAAACUCCGAAUCGAUUUUCUUCCGAUAAGAGGUUCUUGAUGAGUAUUGAAGAUUUGGAGGGAAAUAUUCAGAUGGUAAUUGUGUGGACUAUUCCAUUCUUGAUUCUGACAAGUUAUUCGAAAGAGAUGGAGAAGAGAAGGGUAAUAUUGAAGAGUUUGAUUGGAUUCUUUUUGAGAAAUGAUUACGAAACUUUGAGAAUUGAAGGAGAAUUUAAAGCAGUAGAAGAAAUGAUUUCGACUUAUGGAAGGAAAUGUAAUGGAAUUUUAUCAGAUGAUGAAGAAUCUGAAUGGUUUAUUCAAGAAUAUUGUAAAGAAAGAGAACUGCUUUAUCCUAAUCAAAAAUUGAAUGUUAUUCGAAAUAUUGGAAUGACAACCUAUCGAUUGAGUUUGCAAGAUUUAACACCUCUUAAAAGAGAUUAUCAAGAUUUAGAAUUUCACAUUCUAGAUUUACACGAAACUAAUCGUGUAGAGGAAUAUCUUGAUAGAUUACAGGAAUUUUACAAAACUGUCUUUCCAGAAAAGGAACAAAACAGUAGAGAAUAUAUCAUGGAGUUUAUUCUUAGUAGAACUGCUUCCCGCCAAAAUGCUUACUAUUGCAUUCGAAAGGAAAAUCCAUCCAAAAUGAUUGCCAUCAGUAUGGCCAAUCCACUUCCUCAAUCAGCCAGAGUUUCAUGUGUAAUGAGUAUUCCAGACGAAAGAGGAAAGGGAAUUGGAAGUUACAUUGUGCAUCAAAUGGCCAAAGAUUUACUUGUUGAAAAACCCAAAUUGACUGGAGAGCCAUGUCAAUGUUUGUUCUUGUUUGCUGACUUGUCCAAUCCAUCGGCAAUUCAUUUGUAUGAAGGAGCAGGAUUUAAGGGUGUUAGAAAUGUGUGCGAAUUGGAAAUUAAAUAUCAGGAUGAGGAAUAAUUUAUUCCUUAUCUGUUAUUCCUAAAAUUAAAUAAAUUGGUUUUGAAACUGUUUGAUUAUUGGUU